GGCAAGGACAUGAAUUUAUAUGGUCAAGAAUUCAAAAAAAGCCUGGCAGAACGGACUGGCUUCGCACUAUCUCUCCAUCUGUCAAUCUUCCCUCUCUCAGAGCAAGAAUAGCCAUGGCUAAAAUGAGCAGUAGAGACCUGGUCAAGAUGAUCAAAGGCGCCUCAUAGUCUUUCUCUCUCUCACUAUAUUUGUAUUCUCUCCGACAUUUACCAUUAUCCCAACGGAGGCAUUGGGCUAAGGGCUCUAUGUGACAUCCUGAUAUGAGUGCUUGUUUUUAAUUUUGCUGCACUUUUUCUGUGUCACAAUAAAACCUACGGCCAAUUUUUAACACCUCCAAUCAGAUGGCUGAUGUCUCAGCUGAAUCUUCAUCUCCCAAAGCAGUACCUGAUUCAGAAACUGCUGCGGAUGACAAGAAGACAAAGAUUGAGUCCUUGAAAAUUAAAGCCAUCAAUGCCUCCAACAAAUUUAAAAACUCUUUGACAAGAAAGGGUAGGAGAAGUAGUAAAGUGAUGUCCCUUGAAAUUGAGGACAUUCAUGAUGUUGAGGAGAUGAAGGCGGUUGAUGCUUUCCGCCAAGUCCUACUUUUAGAGGAACUUCUACCCCCAAGACAUGAUGAUUAUCACGUGAUGCUCAGAUUCUUGAGAGCCAGGAAAUAUGAUGUUGAGAAAACAAAGCAAAUGUGGACUGAGAUGCUCCAAUGGAGGAAGGAAUUUGGUGCCGACACUAUCAUGGAGGAUUUUGAGUUCAAUGAACUCGAUGAAGUCAUGCAAUACUAUCCCCAGGGGCAUCAUGGUGUGGACAAGGAUGGAAGACCUAUAUACAUUGAAAGACUGGGCCUAGUAGAUCCUACCAAGCUAAUGCAAGUCACAACCAUGGAUCGAUAUGUCAAGUACCAUGUGCAGGAAUUUGAGAGGACUUUUGCCGUUAAAUUUCCUGCUUGUUCAAUUUCAGCAAAGAAGCAAAUUGAUCAGAGCACAACCAUCUUGGAUGUGCAGGGAGUGGGCCUCAAGAAUUUUAACAAAAAUGCAAGGGAUCUUAUCACUCGCCUUCAGAAGAUUGAUGGUGACAAUUAUCCUGAGACCUUAAAUCGGAUGUUCAUCAUCAAUGCCGGUUCUGGAUUCAGAAUGCUGUGGAACACUAUAAAAUCCUUCCUUGAUCCUAAGACCACUGCAAAGAUCCAUGUUCUCGGCAACAAGUAUCAGAGCAAGUUACUUGAGAUCAUUGAUGCCAGUGAGUUACCGGAGUUUUUGGGAGGUACCUGCACUUGUGCUGAUCAAGGAGGCUGUAUGCGUUCUGAUAAGGGCCCUUGGAAAGACCAAGAGAUUUUGAAGAUGGUCCAAAACGGAGAUCAUAAAUGUUCGAACAAAUGUGAGACUCCACAUGCUGAGGAGAAGACAAUACCUGAGGAUGAGGGAAUAGUAGUAGUGGCCUCAAAGAGACACACAUCUUUUAAGGUGGGGCCUAUAGAAGUUCCAAAGGAAUUAGAGUAUGCACAAGUCGCGCCGCUCCUUGCACAAGUUUCUUCUAAAUUUGAGGACUAUGGCCCUAUAAUUGAGAAGACUGUGGAUAUGACCUGGAAAAAAUUAGGAGAUGAUGAUAAAAUUGCUAUUAGUAAAGCCGCACAAUGUUACACCAAUAUAAAUGGUAUGAAAGGUCCUGAAGGGAUGGGAUCUCCCAUUUUUACUGGUGUAAUGGCUUUUGUUAUGGGCAUAGUCACCAUGAUUAAAGUGACUCGCAAUAUGCCCAAGAAGAUAAACAAUAAUACGAUCUAUUCAAGUCCAUAUUGUGAGGAUAUAGAGGUUAAAGGCAAAGCAAAUGUAGCACUUGAACCAGCCAUCUCCUAUGCAGAUUUCAUGUCUGUACUCAAGCGCAUGUCUGAAUUGGAAGAAAAAGUGAAUGUUCUCACCACAAAACCUCCAGCUAUUUCUCCCGAGAAGGACGAAAUGUUGCAGGCUGCUAUGGACCGGGUUGAUACAUUGGAACGAGAGCUUAAUGCAACCAAGAAGGCUCUAGAGGAUUCACUUUCUCGGCAGGAGGAACUCGUAGCUUAUAUUGAGAAAAAGAAGAAAAAGAAGAAGCUGGUAUAUUUCAACUGGUAAAUGAAGAACUGGAGCUCCUCAGAUAAUUGUUGGUGUGCUGAUUUUCUGUUUGCCAAAGCCACCUAGAUGCAUAUUCUACUUCUCGUUGAAGGUUUUGUGUAGAAGAAAGAAACAUAGAAACCAGAGGUUUUGUCCAAAUGUACAAACUAUAUAUAUAAUGUGUAAUUUUCCUUCCAUAUCUGCUAUAUACACUGGCCUCUAAAUUACACAUCCAAUUCAACUUGUCAUUGAAAAA